UCCUGCUCGCUCGCCGUACUUUCACAUGACUUCCACGGCGUGUGACUGCCCCGCAUUCCUUCAGUGUCACUAUCGGUUUUUAACUCCGUGCCGUGUUUUCAUGUCGGCAGCAGAAUGUUAAGGUUUCGGUGCGUGUCCUGCUGCCGUGACCGGGCGUGGAUCUGCCGCCGUCGGUCCACGGUUCGUGGAGUGAUCCAGUCUGAAUGAUUUAACUGUUGUUGUUGUUAUCCUGCUGCCGCGGACUUACAUGGAUACAAGAUAACCCAUGGCUGAACUCACAUUGCCAGACUCGAGGAGGUGUCAGUAUUUCUUCCUGUAUGAUGGAUCCAAAGUCAGAGGAGAAGGUGAUCCUACAAGACAGGGGAUCUGCUACUUCUACCCUGAGGAGACUCCUUCAGAUAAGCAGGACCUGCUCUGCAGUCAGCUGGCCGGCGUGGGCCGCUGUGUGUCCGAGCUGUCCUCCUCUCGGGUGAGCACUCUCAGGCUGCGGCGCUGCAAGUUCGCCAUCCGCAUGAAGGACGACUUCUUCUGGGCUCUGGGCUGCUCGGUGGACACCCCCACCGUCAGUGUGUGCGAGCUCCUGGAUCAGCUUAUAGACCUCUUCUGCUUCUAUAACGGUCCUGUUCGCACCAGCUAUGAGGUGAACAGUCAGGAAACUCUGGCGGCCAGGUGGACUUGCUUCCUGUCUCACCUGCUGCCAGGACAUUCCCCGCUGACCUACAUCUUCAGCUGUUUGAGGACCAUGGACUCAACUAAUGUGGAUCCUCUUCUCCUCCUCAAAGCUGCUCUCAUCCUUCAGGCGUGUCAGCGCUGCCCCCUAGUGUUGGCAGGCUGCAUUCUUUUUAAAGGAAGAGUUGUCAGCACACAGCUGUCUCCCGAGCUCACGAUGAAGGUCAUGGUUCACGAGAGUGAAACGUAUAACAAGGCCCAAAGGACAAACGGCACGAGCCCGCCCGGCUCUUUUGGCUGUGCUGUCAGCUCCACAGGAGUGUUUCUGACUCCACCUGAACUGCAACACCUGCAGUCUCCUCCUGUCAACAAAGAUUCAAGUUCCCACUCUACUCCCCAAAAGGACGCUCCGCCAAAGAGGACCCGCCUCUCCCGAACGCUGUCGGACACACCCUCCAGUGAGUCAGAGCCGUCGGAUCCGAGUUCCUCUCACUCUCCUCUGAAGCUGAGCUUCAGCCCUCACCUGUCAGAGUUGGACUCUGUGUUCAGCCCAGCUCCAACGCAGAGUGGAUCCCCCACCUGCUCACCUCCUCCUCCUCCUCCUCCUCCUUCCUCUCAGAGGAGAAACUCCCAUGAAGCUCAGGAGGAAAGCUUGGACGAAUCUUGCUAUUACAGUUUCCACGACAGCGCAGGAGGAGACAGCCAAGGAGAAAGCUUCGCGUUUAAAGCAAACCCCCGUCUGAACGGAGGCGAUGGAUCUGAGUUUGACUUUAGUGGACCUUCAGCCAAUAAGACGAUGUCAGGAGAUAAUGAAGUCUGCUGCAGGAGUACUAAAGGUCACAUGACAGAGGUCAAGCGCCUCACUCCUCCUCCUCAGACAUUUGGGAGCAAUGAGAAGAGUUCUCUGAUCCCCAUGACGCUCUAUCUCCACCGGGUCAACAGCUUGGUGCUGGUUCUGCUAGUAGAACCUCAUUUCUUCAGCGACACGGCUUCUAAAGAGGAAGUGUAUCACAGCAGCCUGGCUUCACUCAAUGGACUGGAGGCCCAUCUGCGGACCAUCUCUCCUGCCGCACCAGAACCUCCAGGACAAUACUUAUUUGCCCACUAUGACUGCAUUCAGAACACUCUAGCAACCAACGUGUCUGGCCGAGCGGUUGGAGCCCCGGAGCAUCCUUUUGUCAGAGCCACAUCGCUGCUUCACUCGCAUUUCUGUGGCACUGAAACUCUGCAGGAGGCUAUUAUCAGGAGUGCCGGCACUGCAGUGUAUGGAACCCGGAGCGUGGCGCAGGAAACUUUCUUCCAGCAGCUCGGAGGACCUCCGAGGAACUCCGGCAUCCCAAACCACCAGGACAGCGCUUUCUCGCUGCCGAGUAAAGCGCGGCACCGACUGCUGAAACACGGAGUCAACCUGCUCUGACUGCACAGUCACUCAGUCGAGAGCUGGUUUUCCUUAAAAUCAAAAAACUUUAUGCAUUUACUCUGCUAACCUCAUUUUGUAUGCUCAAACAUUCCACAAACAAAAAUGUUUGGAAUCUGCAAAAACUGAAUAUGAAAUUUUAUCUGAAGCUUCACUUGUGCCUUUUUUUCUUCACAUUCUGCAGAUUUUUUAUGGUUCUUUUUGCUGCAGAAACUAGAACUUUGUUGCUCCAAGUUUGCAUUUUAUAAGGAAUAUUUAAUCUGCAAACAUGACUACAAUUUACUGCAUUGGCAACUUGUUUAAAUAAAUAAAGACUUGUAA